AUGAGUUCCAACGGAAACAACGCUGAGACGAUGAUUGAUGAGCCAAUGCCUGUCAAGGUUAGCCCUACAGGGCCCAGCAAGCGCCUCUCUGUCAGGUCCUCAAAGUUUGAUCGUGGCAACAAGGGAUUCCUGGAUGAUGAAGAACAGCUGCUUGUCAAGUAUGAUGCCAAUGGUGAUGGAAAGAUUGAUGCUGCAGAACUCUUCAGCAUUGCUGAAGACCUGCACAAGGAGAAGCAGAAGAAGAAGGGCCUCAAGAAGGGACUUGGGUUGUCUUUGGUGGCAAUCAUGUUGCUCCUCACCAUGUCUUUUGGUCUUGUCUGGGCAGUCGUGGCCCUCACCAAGGAGGUUGCAGUGGACAGUCAUGGACACUUGGUGGACUCCCAUACUGGCAAUGUGGUAGAGACCAGGCCUGAGGCCAGCUUGAUUCACCUCAAGGCGGAUAGUGGUGUUGCCCGCAGGUUUCUCAUGAGGAAGCUACAAGAUUAA